AUGGCGAAUGCGCAUGAAAUGUUCCUUGGCCGAAAUUUCAAUCGCCGAUUUCGACGACGAAUCCACCAAAUUUUCAGCCGACCGAUUGCAGGUGCGUUUUGGCACCAUAAUGGAAUGUGGAAAUGCAGGAGAUAAGGAUGGAGUGCAUCGUGUCUUGCCGGGUCAAGAUUGAGCCCAACUUCGGCCCGAAAUGGGCGAAAAUCGGCCGAAAUGCAACGUGAGAAGAAGCUCUUCAGUCUGCCCUGCAGUGAAGCAGAGCAGCUCCCAAGCCAGUUGGACCAGUCGACGGAAAAGUAUGAACCAGACGUGCAAAGUUUGCGGCGAGGCGGCCGCAGGAUUCCAUUUCGGGGCCUUCACUUGCGAAGGAUGCAAGUCCUUCUUCGGGCGGACGUACAACAACCUGUCGAGCAUCUCGGAGUGCAAAAACGGCGGGCAGUGCGUGAUCAACCGGAAGAACCGCACCUCGUGCAAAGCGUGUCGGCUGCGCAAGUGCCUGAUGGUGGGCAUGUCGAAGAGCGGCUCGCGGUACGGCCGCCGCUCCAACUGGUUCAAGAUCCACUGCCUCCUGCAGGAGCAGGCCAACAACAACAACCAGCAGCCGGCGCUGAGUCCGCAGUCGCUGCUGCAGAACGCCGUCAUGUACCAAAACGCCCUGCAGACCUACCUGCCGCCCUCGAAACGCACCGACGACAUCCUGAAGCAGGGCUCCGUCGACGACGUCCGCAGCACGCCCGACUCGCUGAUGGACGACGACCAGCAGUUCAGCAAGUCGCCGUCGCCGUCCAGCAGCAACGACAAGUCGCCGUCGCCGCUCUUCCCUCCCCUCCUCUUCUCGCCCUUCCUGCGGCCGGCGGCCGCGGCCGCCGCCACCUCGGACCACCUGCGACUCCUCGCCCCCCACCCCGACCUGCUCUCCACCCUGGCGGGGGUGGCCGAGGGGCAGGACGAGCCCAUCGACCUCUCCGUCAAGUCGGUCGUCCUGACCAAAAAGGAGGAGGCCACCAAGGUCACCCCUCUCGACCUGAGCAAAUGAAAUCAAAACGUCACCACUCGUAUUGGCACCCAAAGUCCAAAACUUUUGAGAGCGAUUCAAUUAUAUUACAAACUUGCUCAAUGAUAGGAUAAAAAUUCAAUCUUAAAAUUUGUCACGAAAUAGAUUUUGAAUAGAAAAACUUCAAAUUGGCUAACCUGGAAAAGGUUAAUAUAGAUUGUGGUAAACAAAAAUUUGUAUCUGAAACAGUUUGACCCGCACCGGCAAUUUUAUUCUUUCUCAUUUACAGAAGGUAACUUCAAACUAGAUACAAAUAAUAUUCAUCUGCUUUUUCCGCAAAAUUAAUUAAAAAUUAAGGGAAGUUAAUCCUGAUUAAUUAAUUUACUUACAAAAGCAAUGUGCUAGCAAGGUUUGGUCAGUAAUAUUGACUUCUCCGAGGUUGAAAUACUUUUGUCGGAAAAAGUCAAAAGCCCCUUAAGGGUGCUAAUUUUUCAUCAAGAAUUUUAUCUGCUUUUAAAAUUCACCAAAGUGCGUCUUUAAAAUAAAAAAUAAGCAGUCUUUGAAAUAAUUUCUGACGGGCCGGCCCAGAUCAGAAAUAAUGUACCAGUUGCUUUUUUUUAACCCAAUUCGAAUUAUUAAAAAAAAAUUGUUGAAACUUUUUUUUUUUAAAUUGAACAGCCAAAUUUGAGUCGCUCCCGUGUUUGAUUUCCAUUUGAUUAUUGGAAACAAAAAUAAUGAAGCCAACUGUACACCUACAUAAGAUUAAAGUAUUCCAGCACUGAUUAAAAAUGAGAUUAAAUUUUUGCUCUGUGCUCUUUUUUGCGUAUGUACUAACCCGACGGAUGUUUUGCGAUAAUUUGAACUAAUUCAGGUGCAACUAAUCUGCAUUUGCAUGGAUAGCAUCACAUUGUAGUGGCGUCACCACUUUCUUUCCUCCUUAAACUCGGCGCGUUUUCCGCUCCGUUAAAUUUAUUACCACAGAAAGAGGCAGCCGAGCGUCCACUGAACACAACGAAAUUGAAAUUUUCCCCAGCAUUAAAAAAACUGACCCCUUCGAUGUGAACUUUUUAUUUGUAUGAAUAGUGGUCGUGAUUUGGAGGAAAGAAAAUUAUUUGAAUGCCACGUCUCUCUUUCUCUUUUGUAUUGUUUCAGCGUUUUAAGACUGUCGAUAGGGAUUAGUAGGCCAGUUUUGGUUUUGACAACCAUGAACAAUUGUUGUAUUAUUAUUUUUAUACAUGUCAUACAUUCUUUCCAUCUCUCUCUCUCUCUCUCUGCCGCGACGCGAUUUACCUGCUCACGUCGUGCACAAUCGAUCGAGCUAAUAUGCAUAUAAUUAUAUAUUUUUUUAACUUAUUGAUGAUGGUUGUGAAAUAUCAAAUAAUGUGUUUUUUAUAUAUUACAUAUAUUCUCGUGUAAGAAUGUCAAGUGUUCUAUAUGCUUUUAAGUUUUUUGUAUAAGAAGAAGAUGGAGUGCUUAGGCCAGUAUUUGUAUGAGAUUGUACAUAAAAUGUCUUUUGAAAAUAAAAAUAUGAACUCCAAAUGUGUAAAA